AUGCAGCUCAAGCACUUCGUGCAGAGCAGCCUUGCGCUCUCUGCGCUGACUGUUCAAGCUGCUCCGUUCGCCGUUGUUUCCAACGGCACCACUAUCAGCGACCUCACCCAGGUCGCACGUGCUGCUGCCCGUGAUGGUAUAGGCAUGGCUGUUGGCAUCUUUGAUGCCGCUGACUGGUGCCUCGCCAAAUCGUGUUCUGUUCGCAUGAACGCGACCAUCACGGCCAUUGCUAACACUACAGUCGCUGCUGCCGCAGGUGUAUUGACCCCCGACUGCGGCAUUUCCUGCCAGUUGCAGCUGAAAUGCAACAUCUCCGCCACGGCAGCAAUGGAGGCACUUCGAACGGCCUAUCAUCAGUUCGAAGCUGCUGGCCUUGAAGGAGAUCGUCCGAGGCUCCUUACCGACAUGUACUACCUCACCAACAAGACGCGAUGCUCUCCUGACUCCCCGAACCUCGCGACAUCCUUUCCGGCUCAAGCUCCAUCAAAACACGACGGUGGCAGCAAGAUCAUUCCUUUCCCGGUUUUUACUGAGAAUCUUCCGCAAUGGACCGUCACUGAGGAAAUUGCAGAGACAGAGGCUCCGCUGGACUGGACCUACGUUCUAGACCAUCCAGAGGAAUUUCCUGAAUUGCAAGACUACAUUCGACAGGUAUUGCAAGAAAUGCUGGAUAAUGAGAGGUUCCAGGACUGGUUGGACUCGCAACCGGAAGCCGACCCCCCUCCAGAGCCGAUUGAAGACAUUGAGAAUCAUGUCACCGAGGACGAUGAUUUCUUUGACGAUCGUGGUGCCAGCGAUUCGGCUCACUCCUCAGAUCCAAAUCCGUCGCUGCAUGACUCUGAUCAAUCCGGAGAUCCGGAGCCAUCAGAAGACGAGUACUAUGGCAAUGAAGACGCCGACGUGCCAUAUCAGCCGGAGAACUCACCACCACAGGACCCGCCUUAUCCUCAAAAUCCGAAUCUCGAUCCCACAGACGAAGGUGAUGUAUAUGAGGAAUCGGACGAAGACCUGUACGGAGACGACGGAUAUCAACCUGGGCAGAGACGUCCGAACCCAUCGCGGGGUGGCAACGGUCCUACUAGCGAAGAGUCUGAGCAUCGAUAUGGCUCUGAGGAUAGCGAACUUAUCUACGAGCCUGAGACGCCACCGGAGAACCCACCCUUCCAGCCAGAACAGCCGCCACCCGAAACACCUCCCUACCCUCACAGGCAGCCACUCAGUGAGAUUCCGGAAGACGAAGACUACCCCAUCCAGCACACUCGCCCUGAUAGCUCAACUGAUGGUAGCGAGGAGCUCAACGACGAAGCACAUGAUGACCUGUUUGAUUCCGAAGACUCCGACCCUGUCUAUGAGCCUGAAGAUCCCGCGCGUCCACCUCAAGAGCAGGGUGAAGCGCCAGAACCGGUCCCGCAGGAGGAUGUGCCGGAAGGAACGAGUGGCGACUCGUCAGAGGGCUACGAUGAGACCGAUGAGUCUGUCGCCGACGACACUCUCACCGAUGAGCCGUCUGGCCCAGUGGACUCUCCAGUCGACCCGAUUCCGGAUGUCCCAGUCGAUCCCAUUGAGGGCGCAGCAGAGACUCUGGGAACAUUGACCAACGAGGCAGGGGAGACAUUAGUGCCAGCUGUCGGUGAAGCUGCAGCGGCCGAGAUCUUGGAGAAAGCCGGCCAGACGUUCACCGCAUCGAAGUUCCUUCCAUUCCACCUCCUGGACGAAGGUGGCAAUGUGGUUGGUAAAGUAUGGCGUGAUAUUCGAUCCUUGAAGAACGCUGGCAAGCAGGUUAUCAAACAAGGGAGUCGAUUUGUCCCUGCUCCGGAACAGCUGUACCCACCUCACGUCCCCGACCCAAAGUACCACGGAUCCGUGCCUGCGCCUGCACCGCAUCAUCCUCCCCCACAUGUUCCGAUUCCGAAGGUGCCUGUUCCCAAGUCCCCGAUUCCACUAGUGCCAGCUCCCUUCCCAGGUCCUCCGCCGUUCCCGGUCCCAGUGCCGAAUCCAGGACCUCCUAGCAUUUCCGAUCUGCCUGAUGUGCCAGAUUUCUGGCCAUCUGGUGACGAUGAUGAUGAUGACGAUGAUGAGGAGGAGGAGGACGAGGACGAGGAGGACGAGGAAGACACCGACGACCAUUCUGACGGCGAGCACCACAAGCCUCACCACACCAAGACUCAUCAUAGCAAGACCCAUCAUAGCAAGACUCAUCACACCAAGACACAUCACACCAAGACACAUCACUCAACAUCAACAACCCAUUCGACGUCCCAUUCGACGACCCAUUCAACCACCAGCCACACGACUUCCACCUCUACGAGCUCGACGUGGGCGCCCACAGCCACUGGAAUGGCCGCUCUCGCCAAGGUGCCUUCCGAAUGUCUCGGCGGUUACUCUUUAAGCCAACUGAAAGAGAGCGACCAGAAGAAGUGCGAGGACACCAUCAAGCACUUCAGCCACGUCGAGGCAAGCGCCUGGGUCGGAACGAUCUCGUCAGCAGAGUGCCAGCCUCACAUUCGUGAAAAUCACGAUCUCCAUCUCGACGUCGGCUGUCUCCCGCUCGUGGCGAGUUUGUCUGGCGACCUCAAGAAGGUCUGGGAAAUGGGAAUGUUGCCUUCUCAGUGCGCAGCAGACAAGGACGAACGCAAGCACAUGCCCAUGGACUCGCAGAGGAAGAAGUGGUGCAAGUCCAUCGAACAUCAGCUCGAAGACUUCUCUCACAAGCACGUCGAGGGCGUCAAGAAGGGCGAUCCGCUCCCGUUGCCAGUGCCCGAGGAUGAAGAUGAGUCGUCACUCAGCUGCUUCAGCCCUCUCUCCUCUCUACAAUCCAUGAAGGACAAGGACCGCAAGCAUUGCGACAAGGAGAUCAAGAAGCUCAACCGCAUGACGCUCAACUCAUGGGCCACGCAGCUGCUGCCACAGCAGUGUAUGCUGGAUCCGGACCGGGAAUGGGUUGACAAGCAUGUCAAGAAGGAGUGUGAGACUGCGGAUGAGAAGAAAGCGUGGUUCCAGGGUACUUUGCCGCUGGAGUGCCUGUCCAACAGCGACGAGAACAGCAUGCAUCUUGACAAGAAGGCCAAGAAGCAGUGCGGGAAGGUGUCGGAGAGGCUGGAGAAGAUUGCGAAGCUUGACGAUACAAAGGCUGGGUGCUGA